AUGACAACUCCUCAUGUAAUAGCAUCUUCCUCAGUACAUCACUCCUCUCAGUCUGCUACCUCCAAUGGCGUCGUGGGCAAUCACUUUCGGGUCGGAAAGAAGAUUGGAGAGGGUUCGUUCGGUGUCGUCUUCGAGGGCACGAACAUGCUCAACAAUCAGCCUGUCGCCAUCAAGUUUGAACCGCGCAAGUCUGAGGCUCCUCAGCUGCGCGACGAGUACCGCUCUUACAGGACUUUGAAUGGCACCCCGGGUGUCCCCCAGGUUCACUACUUCGGUCAGGAAGGACUGCACAAUGUCCUCGUUAUUGACCUGCUCGGCCCCAACUUGGAGGACCUGUUCGACAUGUGCGGCCGCAAAUUCUCGAUCAAGACGGUCUGUAUGGCGGCCAAGCAGAUGGUCACCCGUGUGCAGUCGAUUCACGAGAAAUCGCUUAUUUACCGCGACAUCAAGCCCGACAACUUCUUGAUCGGUGUGCCGGGUACUAAGACCGCCAAUACAAUCCACAUCAUCGACUUCGGUAUGGCUAAGCACUAUCGUGAUCCCAAGACGAAGGUGCACAUUCCCUACCGUGAGCGGAAGUCUUUGUCCGGCACUGCACGUUACAUGUCCAUCAACACGCACUUGGGCCGCGAGCAAUCUCGUCGCGACGAUCUUGAGUCUUUGGGUCACGUCUUUAUGUACUUUCUGCGUGGUGGACUGCCAUGGCAAGGUCUCCGUGCUGCCACAAACAAGCAGAAGUACGAAAAGAUCGGCGAGAAAAAGCAGAGCACGCCCAUUGAAGAGCUCUGCGAGGGGUUCCCUGAGGAAUUUGCGAUCUACAUGAACUAUGUCCGCAAGCUUGGCUUCGAGGAGACGCCCGAUUACGACUUCCUUCGGGAGCUGUUCACGAAGGUUCUGAAGACUCUUGGCGAGGCGGAGGAUGGAGUAUUCGAUUGGAUGCUUCUCAACAACGGAAAGGGUUGGGAAGCGAGCCACACUUCUACUCUUCUGGCGUCUGCGCAUGGGGGCACUCCCCACACUCCUCACAGGGACCGUCACCGGGAGCGCGAGCGGGCGCACAGGUCAUCGCGCAACCAGCUCGACAACGGCGCACCCUCACCAUCGUCCCCGUUGGUCCUGGCGCCUACACCCGCCCACGUCAAGAGCACCAGCCGCCGUCCUCACGAUGCUUCCCGUGGAGGCUCGCGCGAGCAAGUUAGUGUGCAGCCCUUGGCGCCGCAGAGCCGACGCCAGAGUCAGCAACAAGUGGCCCGCGCCGAGCGCGAUAGUGGGCUGAUUGCCCCACAUCCCUACGCGGCGCCCAACAGCGCAGGCGGUUACCGCACGAACGCCUACGGCAGGCAGUCACCUAUCCCACCAAAUGGGGCACCUGCCGUGGGCGUCUCUGGCGCGCUGCAGCAGCACCCGAACAACUCGGAGUCGUUCAUGUACGGCCAGGGCCAAGGGAAGAAUGGCACGGCCAGCCGGGAGGGAACGACAACCGCGGGCACGAGGCAGGAAGGGAUGAACGGACAGACGCGGGCGAUGGGGGUGUACGAUCGGGAGCAGAUGGAGCGUGUUGGGGAACAGGACGAGCAUGGGAUGGGCAGGAAGAAGGGUUUCUGGGCUGCGUUCUGCUGUCGGGCAUGA